CACAAUAUCACCGGAUAAUUUGUAAAGCACAUUUUUAAGUUGAAACUUUUUUAUUCUUACUUUAGGCAGUUAGAUUUAGUAAUUUAUUUAGUUAUUAUAAAUAUUUAUUUAUUAUUUAUUACAAUAUUUGUCAAUAGCUAUGCCACCUAAAAAGGUCGAAGCACCUGAAAAAAAGCCGCUCAUUGGUCGUGUGGGCACCAAUUUAAAAGUCGGUAUUGUCGGAAUACCAAAUGUUGGCAAAUCUACAUUCUUCAAUGUUUUAACAAAGAGUGAAGCAGCUGCUGAAAAUUUUCCGUUUUGUACCAUCGACCCUAAUGAAAGUCGUGUACCAGUCCCUGAUGCAAGAUUCGAUUAUUUGGUCGAGUAUUUCAAGCCAGCUAGCAAAGUCCCGGCAUUUUUGAACAUCGUGGAUAUUGCCGGGCUGGUAAAGGGCGCCGCCGAAGGCCAAGGUUUGGGAAACGCCUUUUUGUCCCACAUAAAAGCGUGCGACGCUUUAUUCCAUUUGUGCCGUGCGUUUGAAGCCGAAGAUGUUAUCCACGUGGAAGGAGAAGUUAAUCCUAUCAAGGAUAUGGAAGUAAUUAACGAGGAGUUACGUUUGAAGGAUGAGGAAUAUUUUAAUGUCAACUUGGAGAAGCUUGAAAAAUUAGCUAUACGAGGAGGAGAUAAAAAACUAAAACCCGAAUACGACACUUUUUUGAAAAUCAAAACCGUUUUGGUCGAUGAAAAGAAACACAUUCGAUUUAGUGAUUGGAGUGCUCUCGAUAUAGAAUUUCUUAAUAAACACAUGUUUAUCACCACUAAACCCGUUAUAUAUUUGGUAAACCUUUCGGAAAAAGACUAUAUUCGAAAAAAGAACAAAUGGUUGAUUAAAAUUAAAGAAUGGGUUGACAAAAACGAUCCUGGAGCAAUAAUUAUACCUUUCAGUGGUGUGUUCGAAAACAAGAUAAUUGAAAUGGAAGAGCCAGAGCGCCAAAAAUACUUGGAAGAAGUUCAAGCUACCAGUGCCUUGGAUAAAAUAAUUGUUCAAGGUUAUAAAGCACUUCAGUUGCAGUACUUUUUCACUGCAGGCCACGAUGAAGUUAAAGCUUGGACCAUUCAAAAAGGUUUUAAAGCACCACAGGCGGCUGGUCGUAUCCAUACAGACUUUGAAAAAGGUUUUAUAAUGGCAGAGGUGAUGAAAUUUGACGAUUUCAAAAAUGAGGGUACUGAGGCCGCUUGUAAAGCCGCCGGGAAAUACCGCCAACAAGGUCGGAAUUAUGUCGUCGAGGAUGGUGAUAUUAUAUUUUUCAAAUUUAAUGCUGGAGCUGGUCUGAAAGAUGCGAAAAAGAAGUGAAACGACCUAUUUAUCAAUUGAUAACAAUAUGCUAUAAAUAAUAAUAUAAUGAUUUUCUAUUAUUAACAAAAAAUAAUAACUUUUGGUUUUAUUUUGAAAAUGUUUCUAUAUAUUAUUUUGUCAGUUUUGAUCACGGUUUAACAUAUCAUGUUUUGAUCAAAUUUUUGUGAGGGUAGAAAAAUCCAUA